AUGAUUGGCUGUGUGAGCCUGCCAGCAAAUAUCGGGGUAGUUAAAAUCCCCCAUGAGGACCAAGGCUUCACCCACCUGCACCUCCAGGAGUUCUUUGCAGCCAUGCUCUAUGUGCUGGAGGACAACGUGGAGGUGGUUGGUGACUCAAGGGAUAUCUCAAAGGAUGUAAAGGUGUUGCUAGAAAGCUACAGCGAGUCCAGGGAGGAGCUGAAGGUCACAGUGAGGUUCCUGUGCGGUUUGGUGAGCCAAGGAUGCAGAGAGUACAUGGACAACACCAUCGGGUGCAGAACCUCAGCACGAGCCAAGGAGGAGCUGCUGAGGUGGCUGCAGGGGAGGCACGGAGGCACCUCCCAGCCUGGCCAAGGGGUGAAGCUGGCCCGGUUGGACACGUUCCACUUCUUGUUUGAGAUGAACGAUGAGAGCUUCGCACGAAGGGCUGGGGGCUUCACUGACGUGGAGCUGCAGGACACGAAGCUGACCCUGUACGACCAAAUGGCUCUUGCCUUCUGCAUCAGGCACUGGCCUGGGCUGGGCUCUGUCACCCUCCGGGGAUGCUCCUUCCACCAACAGGACCCCAAGUCCAAGGCGGCAGCAUCAGUGCCCCGCUCUGGUCCCUCGGAUGCCGGAGCACAGCCCGGUCCCAUGGCUCAGCAGCAGCCCCAGGAGCUGCAUUCCCCCAUGGAUGUGCUCUGCCGGGCGCUGCGGCACCCUGGUAGUGACCUGCGGGUGCUCCGGCUGCAGUGGUGCCGGCUGCCCGAGAGCUGCUUGGCCCAGCACCGCAGCCUGGAGCGCCUGGAGCUGGGGGACACCGCGCUGGGGGACCGCGGCGUGCGCCUGCUGUGCCAGGGGCUGCGGCAGCCCGGCUGCUGCCUGCGUGCACUGCGUCUGCGCUAUUCCCGCCUCAGCAGCGCCUGCUGCAAGGACCUGGCCGCUGUGCUGAGCACCAGCCCCUGCCUGGAGGAGCUGGAUUUGUCCUUCAGCGAGGGGCUGCGGGACGCGGGUGCCGCCAGCUCCGGAGCCCCUCCUGCCCGCUGCGGGCCCUGGGGGAUGGUUGAUGUCCCCGGGAGCAAGGUGCCAGCCUGGAAGUGA